AAUCAGCGCGAUGGAAGCCGCGACACUUCCGGGCAAAACACAAAAAAGAGUUUUUAAACUCUCCGCUGGAGCUGUGGCAAUAAAUGUGUCCAAAGCGAUGUGAAUACACACAUUGAUUGCUAUAAGUAGCAAUUAGGUAUGAACAGGAAACGGGCUUUGAUUUCAGACACUUUCAAGGUGAAGAAAAGAAGAAAUGGGACACAGAAGUUCGGAGCAGUCAGCGAUGGAGACGGGCCGACUGACAUCCGAUCCACCCUCGAGUAUCUUGCGACGCUGUUCCCCAGGAAGCUCUUCAACGACAGCUUGCCUCAAAUUGUCCUCAAGCACCAACUCUACAGCAUACACGACGACAAGACGCUGGUGGACAAGGAGCUGAACAAACUGCGAGAACAAGGAGAGCUGCUGAUGUUUCAGCUCGGCUUCGACGCGGACGCUUUCGGGCUGGUGUUUGCCGCCGAUUACAAGUCCAAAGUGCUGGCGGGGGAGGACGGCCGGGCUACGCGGGCCACCGUGGAGAGGUUCUUGGCGAAAUUGCUGUCUCCUUGCACAGAACUGAGCUUCAGCAAAGACAAGAUGCUCAAGGAGUUUCUCUUCACGGACUCCGAGAUCACGCAGCUGGUGAAGUCGGGGGUCCUGACUGUGAGGGACGCAGGCAGCUGGUGGCUCUCCAUUCCCAACUCUGGCAAAUUCACCAAGUACUUCAUACAAGGUCGGAAAGCCGUGCUGGGCAUGGUGAAGAAGUCCAAAUACAGCGAGGUCCUAAAGGCGGAGCUAGAGGAGCGGCGAACAACCUCGCAUGUGAAAUUCCACAUGAAGUACCACAUCCAUGACAUCGUGGGCGCAGAGCUGGUAGAAAGCAUACCUACAACUUCAGGGACAUUGUUGCGAUUUGUUGACUCCUGAAUCUCUGCAGCAAGACGGAAAAUCGGUGCUUGGUCAAAGCCUGAGAGAUUUAAAAAGUUUUUGGAAAAGGUUUUAUUAAGUAUUAUGACUGAUGGUAAAUUAAUUGAGAUUUCUGUUCAAUUGUUGGACAAAUGCCUUAUUAAAAGAAACCUUGUGGGUUUAUGAAUAGUCUUAUGAUCACAUGACCGUGUCAGGUUUUGAUUUAAAAUAAAAAUGCUUUCUUUAUCUCAUGCAAUAUAAUUAAUUUGCACACAAUACAAGCAUUUUGAUCCAAAUCCACUUUAUUGCCCCCGACUUUAAUACGACUGCUCCUUGAUGUUUGAACUUUGAGCCUCUUUACUUUCAACGACCAGCCCGAUCAAAGCCUCACAACUGACGAGAAGGCAGAUUGUUGGAGUUUAUUUUUUUUAAUAACUGGCCACUUUACAUUUAGUAAGAUUACCAUGUUUAACAGGUAUUACUUGCACUUUUUCUUUGAGGCAGUGCUGCACACGACUGCAUUUAUAUUAAUGUUUUGAUAUUCUUCCAUCUUCAUUUGUAAAUUGGGCAGAACAGUAACUGUUCCAUGUGGACUCUAACAUUAAAUGCUGUUAAAUUCC